UUUUUUUAAACUUUUCCUUUGAAUUAUUAUUUUCUUCUUCCUUUUAUUUUUUUUAUAAUUAUUAUUAAUUUUAUUAUUGAUUGAUCAAAAUUCAAAAGGGAAAGCUGAAAGGAAAAAGAAGAACCAUUUUACCAGCUGGUUCAAAAUCCCAUCAAAUCUCUUUCCCUUUUUCCCUCAGAUUCAGGAGGGGAUGGCAACUGGGGAACAUGCUGAAUCAUCGAAGUUAAAGGCUCAGCUAUGCGAAACACCUGAAAUUCGGAAGCAGGAAAUGGAAGAACAAGAAUCCCAAGUGGAUUUGCUGCAGUCGAAAUUCAUGGAGGUGAAAGCAUACAUGAAAGAGUCUGAAGAAGAGUCAAUGAAAGAGUUGGAUGUUCUUUGGCAUAGAGUUAAAACAACGACGACAUUGUUAACUUACUUGAAAUAUAAAGCAAGGCUUAUGGCUGUUCCCCAUUUAGCCCGAACCUAUUGUGGUAUUGAACAAUUAGAAGGGGUAGGACUAGUUGAUAAAAAUGGUACACCUUUGUCAGAUUGGUCUAAAGACAUUGAUGCUUCUUCGUUCGAUAGUUUAGAUGAUGAGACUUGUACCGAAAUAGGUCAGUUUCACGGUUCUCUGGAUGUCCAAGAUGAAGCUUAUAUUAGCGACACGGUUAAAUCAGUGAAGAUGGUCGCAAAGGUGAUGGAACACCUCGUUGAGAGAGUGUUAUUGGCGGAAUCUGAAACUGCAAUUGAGAAGGAAAAGGUAAACUCGGGUCAGGAAGAAAUCAUGAGAAAGUCUGUUCAAAUUGAAAAAAUGUCAUUGAAGUUAGAGGAGAUGGAAAUGUUUGCUCUUGGUACAAAUAGUAUUCUAAAUGAAAUGAGGCAGAGUAUAGAUGAUUUGGUUGAAGAAACCACUAGACAGAGGCAACGAGCUUCAGAAAACGAACAGGAACUUAGUCGUGUGAAGCGAGAAUUCGAAUCUCUAAAAUCAUAUGUUAGCACUCUCACUACUGUAAGAGAAACACUCCUUUCAUCAGAGAAGCAGUUUCAAACAAUUGAGAAGCUAUUUGAACGAUUAGUGGUGAAAACAACACAGUUAGAGGGUGAGAAAAUGCAGAAAGAGGUAGAAGUUCAGAAGCUUAUGGAAGAGAAUGAUAAACUAACAACUCUUCUUGAUAAGAAAGAGGCCCAACUUCUGGCAAUGAAUGAACAGUGUAAGGUGAUGGCCUUGAGCGCUUCGAACAUCUAAUUUCGACAGUCUUGUUCUUGUUUUUGUUUGUCUACCUCUGGUACGACCGAGUGAUUCUCUUUUACAAGAUCAUUGGAUACAACAAAGUCAGACAAGCUUAUGUUCAGGCUAAGCUCUAUCCUUUUCGUUGUUCCUUUGUUUUUACUUCAGAUUGUUUGUGAAUAUGAUCAUGUAUUGAUUAUCUAGUGGUACAGUAUGAUAAUGAUUAUGUAUUGAUUAUCAAUUUGAACUUCACCAAUUACCAAA